CACCGCCGGAGAGACGCGGAGGAGGAGACAUGAGCCGGCAGGCGCCCAGACGGUGCGGCCGUGACGCGUUCCUGCUGCAGCCGCGCGCCCCGGCAGUGGAGCGCUGACCUCUGGCCCCGCACAGCCCCGCGCCCGGCCGGAGAUCGCGUCCCAGCUUCCAGCCCCGCCGCGCAUGCUGCCCCCGGAGUGAACCAAGCAGCCAGCCUCCCGUGGAUGCCCGGACGGACGGCCGGCCAGCAGUGAGCAAGCUUCCCCGCACCAGUCGGGCGCCUCCUGCACAGCGGCGGCCACCCCGUAGCCCCCGCGCCAGCCCGGAGGGCGCAGCGCUCGGGAGGAGCCGCGCGGGGCGCUGAUGCCGCAGGGCGCGCCGCGGAGCGCCCCGGAGCAGCAGAGUCUGCAGCAGCAGCAGCCGGCGAGGAGAGAGCAGCAGCAGCGGCGGCGGCGGCGGCGGCGGCGGCGGAGGCGCCCGGUCCCGGCCGCGCGAAGCGGACAUGUGCAGGCUGGGCUAGGAGCCGCCGCCUCCCCCCCGCCCAGCGAUGUAUUCAGCGCCCUCCGCCUGCACUUGCCUGUGUUUACACUUCCUACUGCUGUGCUUCCAGGUACAGGUGCUGGCGGCCGAGGAGAACGUGGACUUCCGCAUCCAUGUGGAGAACCAGACGCGGGCCCGGGACGAUGUGAGCCGAAAGCAGCUGCGGCUGUACCAGCUGUACAGCCGGACCAGUGGGAAGCACAUCCAGGUCCUGGGCCGCAGGAUCAGUGCCCGUGGCGAAGACGGGGACAAGUAUGCCCAGCUCCUAGUGGAGACAGACACCUUCGGUAGUCAAGUCCGGAUCAAGGGCAAGGAGACGGAAUUCUACCUGUGUAUGAACCGGAAAGGCAAGCUCGUGGGGAAGCCCGAUGGCACCAGCAAGGAGUGUGUAUUCAUUGAGAAGGUCCUGGAAAACAACUACACAGCCCUGAUGUCUGCCAAGUACUCUGGCUGGUACGUGGGCUUCACCAAGAAGGGGCGGCCACGGAAGGGUCCCAAGACUCGGGAGAACCAGCAGGACGUGCACUUCAUGAAACGCUACCCCAAGGGGCAGGCAGAGCUGCAGAAGCCCUUCAAGUACACCACGGUGACCAAGAGGUCCCGGCGGAUCCGCCCCACGCACCCUGGCUAGGCUGGCCCCACCGCAGUCCCCCGGGCUGCCCCCCGGCCCACACUCACACUCACAGAGAACUGCAUCAGAGGAAUAUUUUUACAUGAAAAAUUAGGAAGAAGCUCUAUUUUUGUACAUUGUGUUUAAAAGAAGACAAAAACUGAACCAAAACUCUUGGGGAGGGGGGAGCAAUAAGGAUUUUAUUGUUGACUUGAAACCCCCUGUCUAUGACAAAAUACUCACGAAAAGUGACUGCUGUCAACGGACAGGUGCUUGUCUCUCUCUAGGAACAGACAACUCUAAUCUCGUCCCCAGAGGAGGAUUUGAAUGAGGAAAACGACACUCUGAGAAACCAAAGUCCUUUUUCCCAAAGGUUCUGAAAGCAAAAAAAAAAAAAAAAAAAAAAAAAAGAAAGAAAGCAAAAAAAAAAAGCAAAGCAAAAAAAAAAAGAAAAGAAAAAAAACAAAACAAAA